AGCAGCACCAGCACCAGCACCGCCACCUCCAUGGAGGUCGCGCGGUUGCCCAUCAGUAGAGCCCGGGACAGACUGCCGAUCGCGCACACGGAGGGUGCAGGUCGUCCCUGGGAUUGGUCGUCGGAUCGGGUUUGGUCGGUUGGUCGGUCGGUUGUUUGGUGCUUCCGUAUGUACGUACGUGCGAUCGGUUCAUGAGAGACGCACAUCUCUGGGGGUUUCUUUUCCCCUGUCUACUUGUUCAUUUCUCCACGCACCCCUGCCUCGAUACUGUCAUUUAUCGCGAUCGACAAAAGCGUGGGAUUGUUUUUGUAAAUAUCCAUGGAAAUGGUUGUGUCAGCGGAAGAUGACAAUAGAUAGUGGUUGGUGAUAAGAGGGUGCAGCUAGUGAAGUGGUGGACGAGUUUUUUUCGCGAGCCGAAUACCGUACGGAACUGCAUGAGUGCGGUGUGGACUAGACGUGGAUUUGACACCGGUGUCUGAAUCGUGUUCCUUUUAACGUUAUUCACCACGAUGUGUGUCGGAUAAUUUUACCCCAGACUGGAUCAGUUUUUUGCGAGAUGGCUGCUGUCGUGUUGUGGUACUUGCGUGGCGGUUCAUUGACUGAACCGAGCCGGCUACUGUUGUUCCGUUGAGUGUGCUGACUGAGAUACCCUCGUGGAGCUCUUGAUGAAAUUAGAAUACGAAAAAUCGUUCUGUAGGAAGGGUAACUGACACUAUUAGCGUACGAAUAAAAUCAAGGAAUUGAUUAAUAAAGCUACGAAUAUACUUUGAUAAAACCAAGAGUACUCGUCUUGAGAACUGCCAAUUCGUCCCCGAUAAUAAUCUGCUCCGUAUUGUCAUAACAUUCAUGAAAUAUUCGGAAUUGUACAAAGUAAAUGGACAAGAAGAAAUCAUUGCUAAAUCAUCCCACAAGUUUCUCGUGAUCCAACAAUUGGUGGCAGUAGGUAUAACUGAAGCCUCGCCGCCGAUGCUUCCCUUAAAAUCAUUCACCUAUGUCGAUCCGAGCUCGUCGUUCACUGGACGAACGGCAGCCACGACGACGAGCGCGAUAUUAUCGAGAAACGACGACUUUCUGGCGACGCGGAAGUUCGUUGCCGGCUACGCACGUCCUCGAGGAUGGAACUGAGAGCCUUCCUGCCGAUCACCGCGUUCGCACCGAUUUUUCGUGAGUUUUCGGAUAGUUGGAGGACCGAGUCGGGAACAAACAGUGUGCUGCAUCAGGUGCUGGGUGCGGAAAGAGAACGUGAAGAGACUAAUUUUAAAAAGAAAGAAGUUAGUAAGAAAUUUGGGAAAUCGGAGAACCAAGGAGAAGAAGAAAGUUGCAACGAAAAAGCGCGACAAGGUUUCUUUUGGGACACAGAAAUAGUAUUAUCGUUAUUAGUGUUAAAUACUCAGAAAAGGCAAGAGAAAUCGAAGGAGGAACAGGAGCUAGGAAGCGAUAAAGAGGUGAGAAACAAUUCAGAAGAUAACAACGAGGAUAAAGAUUUAGCAGAGAAGAGAAGAGAAGAAGAAGAAGAGGGUGGUCCCUUAGCAGGAGGGCCCCACAGAUGCGGGGCCCGGAGAGGCCAGUCCGCGGCGGCGUGACGCGAUGCGGACGUCCUCCUCCUCGUUUCCGAGGAAGAGGAAGAGGAAAGACCUCUCGCCUCUCGGCCCUACCAAAGGACUUUCUUCGUUGGACAAUAGCUACGAUCAGUCGUUUAUCUUCCAUGAUGUAUACUAUGACGGAUAUGGCGUCCUCCACUGUGAUCCAAUACAUCAGCAGUGCCUUCGGCCGGAAGCUGCUGGUAAUUAUGGGAAGUUUCACGCGUCCAUCGAACUCGAGGAUCGUUUGUCGAUCGGUAAUCCCUUCGGAAAGGAGGCGAAAGAGUGCGACUUUUGUAAAGACAACGUUGAAGGAGCCGCGCGAACGCGUUACAAGAACAGAGGAGACAAGUCGAAAAAGUGUCUGGCAACGAUCGUUGUGUUCCUCGUUCUGUUGUGCGGACAUUGGUGUUCCGGUAGCGCGGAAGCUCUCGCCGGAAGUCAGAAGUACAGCACCAGGACAGUCAGGACUAAAUACGGAACGCUGCGCGGCGUUGAGGCUAGAUCAUCGACGUCCGUCGAGACUUACUACGGCGUGCCUUACGCUACGCCGCCGAUCGGAGCGUUACGAUACAUGCCACCAGUUACGCCGACACCGUGGCACGGUACCAAGUUGGCGGACACCAUACCACCUGCAUGUCCACAGAAACCACCGGAACCGAACUCGAGUCUGCCGCGGUCAAAGCGCGUCUACCUUGAGAGGCUAGCCCCGUUACUGGCUAACCAAAGCGAAGACUGCCUAUACUUGAACUUACACGUGCCCAAACCUCCUCAUGGUAGUACCUCAGAACCUUUACCAGCUCUUCUUCUAAUUCAUGGUGAUUCCUAUUCGUGGGGGGCUGGGAAUUCUUUUGAUGGCACAGCGUUGGCUGCUUAUGGUCGUCUGAUCGUCGUUUCUAUCAAUUUUCGUCUUGGAGUACUUGGUUUCCUUAAAACAGGCUCGAAGGGGAGUGCGCAAGGAAAUUACGGUUUGAUGGACUUAGUAGCAGGCCUUCAUUGGUUAGAGGAAAAUCUGGAUGCUUUUGGCGGCGAUCCCAAACGGGUGACGCUCUUUGGUUACGGAACUGGAGCCGCCCUCGCUAAUUUUUUAGCCGUCUCACCCAUGGCCAAAGAGUUGGUCGAGAAAGUGGUUUUACUCGGUGGUUCUGCUCUGUCACCGUGGGCCUUGCAGCGUGAUCCGUUAAUGGUGAAACGUCGCGUCGCUGAUCAGACCGGAUGCUCUGGUGACGUUGAGGCUGACGAUAUCGCACCGUGCCUUCGUUUAAGGAGUCUGGAAGAGCUUCUCGCCGUGAAGUUGGAUCCGCCGAGAUUCACUUCGGGAUUUGCUCCUUUCGCCGAUGGGACGGUCAUGCCUCUGCCGAUCAAUCAGAAUUUCCAGCCAACUGCUUCGUCGUCGGGACUAAUGCCCCUAGUACCGGGUCCAGGUACCGAGUUCGCUAACUUCGGAGAACGAGACCUGCUGCUCGGUCUGACGUCCGAGGAAGCCUGGGUGAACCUCACCGACGAGGAUCUACAGAAUGGUCUAAACGAGACCAGAAGGGACCGGAUUUUGCGCACGUACGUACGAAACACCUAUCGUUAUCACCUUCACGAGAUCUAUUCGACCCUCCGCAACGAGUACACGGAUUGGGAAAGGGGUGAACAGAGUCCUUUGGCGAUCUGCGAAGGCCUCCUAUCGUUGCUCGGCGACGGCCAGGUUGCCGCUCCUCUUCUACGACUGGCGUUGCUCCAUUCCGCCUCCGGUGGUCGCGGUUACUUCCUUCAUUUCCAACUCGGCGACCGUCCGAGCCAGAAGGGCGAGGAGGUGCCUUUCCUCUUGGGCGUACCGCUUCUUCGAGGAGAAUUGAUGCCUGUUCUAGUCGCCCAGGCCAACUACACCUUGGCUGAUGAGAACUUGUCGAAGCUGCUGGUUCAUUACUUGGCGAACUUCGUCAGACGUGGAUCGUGGUUGUAUCUAUUUUGCGCACGAUGCCACGGUAGCGACGAUACACCGUCAUGGGAGCCACCCGGUUGGAAAAGAGCCUGUCCCCAACCAUUUUGCCCGAGUUACAGAAAAUUCGCUCGGUUAUUAUGCCUGUUCCUGUUAGGGCUACUGCUCUGGGGCAUCGUUUACUCCAUAUUGGGCGACGAUGCCGCCCCUGGUGGUCCUCUAUUCGGUCUUGCUGCCCUUUGCAUAGCGGCGCACUUCGGCGGAUGGUUGUUCUCCUUGACCACCCUUCCUGCCCUAAUCGGCAUGCUGAUCACCGGGAUUAUACUGCAGAACCUCGGACUGGUCAACAUCGAGGGCAAUUACACAGUCGUCAUCUCCAAUUUACGAAAAAUCGCUCUAGUCAUUAUUCUCACCAGAGCCGGCCUGGAUUUGGAUCCAAACGCUUUGAAGAGGUUGAAAAUCACUGUACCAAAACUCGGUUUAAUUCCAUGGGUCGUCGAGGCCCUUGUGGUGGCCGUGCUUACAAAAUAUUUGCUGGGCUUGCCUUGGAUAUGGGGCUUGCUUCUCGGUAGUGUGAUAGCUGCAGUUUCACCAGCGGUCGUCGUUCCUUGCCUCUUCAGACUACGUUCGAAGGGUUAUGGCGUUGCCAAGGGUAUUCCAACUUUAAUAAUCGCUGUUUCUGGAAUCGAUGACGCAGCAUCAGUAGCCAUUCAUGGGAUUAUAAAGAGCAUUAUGUUUUCACACGAUGCACUCUGGUACCAAAUCCUCCAGGGUCCUAUUGCAAUAGUCGGUGGCCUCGGAUUUGGUAUCCUGUGGGGAUGGUUGGCGAAAUACGUUCCAGAGAAGGGUGAUCCCUUUAUGGUACCGCUGAGAGUGCUGAUGCUGUUAGGAGGUGGAUUGAUAGCUGUGUUUGGAAGUGAAGCGAUCGAGCUAGGAGGUGCUGGUCCUUUGGCAGUAGUUGCAGCCGCAUUCGUCAGCUGCUACUUUUGGCAGAAAGAAGGUUGGGAAGUUGACGAUAAUCCAGUGACAACCGCAUUCGAGAUAUUCUGGAUGAUCUUCGAACCAAUCCUGUUUGCAGUGACGGGUGCUCAAAUCCGAAUCGACGAGCUCGAAGGGAAAACGGUCUACAUGGGACUGUGCUGCUUGUUAGCAGGCAUCGUGAUUCGGAUAAUCGCUACCGUGCUUGUCGGAAUUGGUUCCAAGUUGAACCUCAAAGAGAAAGUAUUCAUAGCUCUGUCCUGGAUGGCGAAGGCGACCGUUCAGGCAGCUUUGGGACCGACCACACUCGACAAAGUGGACCCGAACAACCCUGAAGAUGUGUUCUACGCCGAGACUGUGGUGACCAUUUGUGUACUCUCGAUUUUGCUCACCGCACCGGCCGGCGCCAUAAUAAUCACGCUGUCGGGACCAAAGCUUCUGACGAAGACCACGGCGCCUGUAGCACCGCCGGAGGGUUGGAAGGCUCGGAGACCUUCGAUUCGAGACAUUUCCAUCAUCAACGAGGACCCAGACCUCGAGGAGACCGCAAACGAGAGAAAGCCUUGAGGCACGUGAUCGUUUUUCUAAAUAGCUUGCCCGCAUUUUAUCGCAGCGUCGACACCGUCGAUAAUUUCUCGCGCGAAUUUUCUACAUCCUACCUUACUCAUCGCCUUUGAGUAUCUCCUACAUUUUACAGUGGCAAGGAGAGGGUGUGAAGAAUUCUCAUAUUAACUUCGUUACAUUCUGAUGAUGUGAGUAUGUUUUCUGAUCGAAGGAGGAUGUCGAAGGAUGUCGUUUGAGAGAUGUCUUGAUGCGGUUUGAAUGCAUUAAAUAUGGUAAUGAAAAAUUGGCCUAUUUGUGGAGAAAUUUCGAGCAUUUGUUAUGGUGUUUUGAAUGAUCCCAUAAAUAAUAUGUUUUUCAUAGCGUGAGUUUUUUGAUAUGCUAAAAGAUUAUUGGAUAAAAAUCUAGCUUUGUAACAUUCCGGAGUUUGGGUUCUUUUUCGCGUUUUAUUAUUUUUGACAAACGAUUAAUACGUUCCAAAGUGAACAACGAGAGUAAAAAUGAUGUCCUCUUUCCAAAAAUAAUAGAGGCACCUUUUUGGAAAGGGAAGAGUUAAAUCUAGACUGCUCUCGUACUCGUUUUAUCCAUUCGUACAUGAUAAAAUGAAUACAUGAAUUCUACAGCUUUGUAACGCUUAUGGUAUGAAAUAUCAACACAAUCUCAUGACUUUAUCUCAUGAAUUAAUUACUAUUUACAAGGGGGAAAAAAAUUUUAAUCGAAUAUUACUAGUUGUAGGCCAGUUAUAAAUAUACUGCCGUCCAUAAGUUAUUGGACACUUAUUAUUUUUCAAGUGCUUGUUUAAACAAAUUUUUAGACAGUUAUUGCUAAUUAUUCAUAUAUACGAUAUUGUUAAUGUAUUCUUACACACGUUAUCAUUUUAUUUCCGUAACUAUAAUAUAAAUUUUAAAUGUCCAAUGAUCUAUGGUGGGAUUGUAUAUUGAAUGUAUUAGUUAUGAUUACAGUAUUUGAAACGAGUAUAAAAAAUUGAAUAAAGACUGUCGCGAUUAAGUAAGUUGAAUCAUUAAUCGACAAAACUUUUUGACAAUCAAUUCUAAACUUCGAAUAUUUUUUUAAGAUGUAAAAACAAUUCUUUGUAAUAUGAAACAUUAGAAAGAAUUUUCGUAUUGCACACGUGACACUUGAAGUGCCUAUUUGCAAUAACAAUGAUAAUAAUAUUAAUAAUAAUGACGAUAAUCUUUUAACAAUCUGUUCGUCGUAUUAGGGAAACGCAAUGAAUGGGCAAUAAUGUGCGUAUGUAGGUGUACAUAUUCUGUGUCUGUAUAAUUAACCUUGAAUACUGGGAUGAGAGAGAGGGACGGCAGUGGAGUCAGCGAAUUGAUUAAUCGAUCAGUUGAAACUUGAAGCAAACUGUAUUUGCGCGUAAAUUAAUCGAUUAAUUAAUUAGCUUGAGAGCAUUAAUUUACCAGAUCAGUGAGGAUGACUGUGCGCGAGAGUUAGAAUUUUAAUAGUUAGACACUAAAUCAUGUUAGUAUUAAAAGUAAUAUAAUUAUACAUAUGUA